GGCGCCAAGUUCCAGAUGCUGCUAAGUGUUCAAUGGUAGCACUUGUCCAAAUCAUAUCAGGAAAGCUUCACUUGAAAGUACUCUCACGAGUGAGGAAUACUCUGCACUCCCCUCUGUGGUGUGGCAUUUUCCAGAGAUACGGCUCCACUACAACCGGGAAACUGGCGUCUCACGGCUUUGCUUCUAUGGCAGCAAUGUCAUCCUUUCCCCCACAGAGGUAUCACUACUUCCUAGUGUUGGAUUUUGAGGCCACAUGUGACAAGCCACAGAUCCACCCCCAGGAGAUCAUUGAGUUCCCCAUCCUGAAGCUAAAUGGCAGGACAAUGGAGAUCGAAUCCACCUUCCACAUGUAUGUGCAGCCUGUGGUCCACCCACAGCUUACACCUUUCUGCACAGAGCUGACUGGAAUUAUUCAAGCCAUGGUAGAUGGACAACCCAGUCUGCAGCAAGUGCUUGAGAGGGUCGAUGAGUGGAUGGCAAAGGAAGGCCUCUUGGAUCCCAGUGUCAAGUCAAUUUUUGUAACCUGUGGAGACUGGGAUUUGAAAGUAAUGUUACCUGGACAAUGCCAGUACUUAGGGCUUCCAGUGGCUGAUUACUUCAAACAGUGGAUUAAUCUCAAAAAGGCAUAUAGCUUUGCUAUGGGGAGCUGGCCAAAGAAUGGACUCUUAGACAUGAACAAAGGCCUGAACCUACAGCACAUAGGAAGGCCUCACAGUGGGAUAGAUGACUGCAAGAACAUUGCCAACAUUAUGAAGACAUUGGCUCACAGAGGGUUCAUCUUCAAGCAGACCUCCAAGCCCUUUUGAUCUCCGGGGCCGGCCGGACAGGGCUGCAUGCGGCUGGCUCCUGCUACAUGGGUGUGAUGGGCUGGAGCGUUCGAAUGACAGAAAGAGGACAGAGGAACGAGCAACCCCACGACUCCGUCAGUUUUGCUGUUCUGCCAGUAGAGGCUGUAUAUAUGGAACUGGAAUCUCUGUGUAGGCCUGACGUGACUCCCUCUCUGGGGCCAGCUGCCUGCCCGGCCUGGCCUAGCCUGCAGCCCCCUAGGGUGCUUGCUCCACAUGGUUAGAGAUGUAGAUUGUUUUCCCUUUUGUUGGCUUCUGAUUUCCAUUGGCGUCUUUCUCUUUCUCUAUCUCUCAGCUCACUUUUGCGCCUAUAGCAAGACCAUGGUGCAAUGUUUGGGGCAGUUGCCCUUAUUAUUUUGAGUCCAAUAUCUUAACAGCUGCCAUCAAUUCCCCUUUUCCCCGUGUGAAUCUGUUAGUGUCUUCUGCGUGUCAGCUAAAUAUUGACGAAGCAGCAGUCAGACAGCCCUCUUUCUUCAGCAGGCUCAUUCUCCCUCUCCUCCCUUCCCCCAUUUUAAGCAAACACUAACCCUUUUAUUCCUCCUGUAUGUGACUAAGGAAGAUCGGCUCUUUCUGUUCAAGGUGAAGUGCCUGUAUUCCCCACCCACCAGAGGCUACCUAUCUCCCUGGGACUGUUCAGCAGGAGCCAUCAUAGGCUGGAGCAUCCUGGUUGAUGCUUGACACCAUGUACAGCAUUUCUUGCUUCUUCCUUCUUUGCUCCUUCAGGCAUGAUGUCCCUUGCCAUUUCGGUAACACAUCCAUCAAGAGCUUGUGCAUGGCCCUCAUCAAGCAUGCUGUCCAUUGCAGGCAGUGGACGUACCCAUCACUGCUAGCCUGCUUGUGUUCCCAAGCUUGGUUCCUGGCAGGGCUCUACAAAUUGACUAAAAUCUCAGCCCUUUUACUAAACUGACAUCCUCCCCCCUCCCACAGUGGCACAUGGCAGCAACUGGUUUGUUGCUUCAGAUCUGCAGCCUGUUCUUCCCAUCACCCUUGUACCACUGUGGGAGAAAGGAGGACAUAGGAUGAUUCUUCUGUUCCCCAACUCAGCGAUCUCCUGAAACUGCCUACCCCACCCCCUCGCCUUUGCUGAAUGGCUCCCCAGAUGGAUAGGUCCCGGCUGCUGCCUUCCUGGAGCUACACUAAGAGGGCACUGCCCAUGCAGCACUCAGGCUGUGAGCUGAUACAGGCACUGGGCCUUCCCAGUAAAUAAUGCAUGGUGUGUGGAUGUUCCAGCUGAACCCGACUGACCUCUACAUCAGCUCGUUACUCCCAUCCUUGCUGUAAAUGUGCCACAUGAAUAAAGUUUGGGGAAAAGGAA